UUUCCAUGGGAACCUGGCUCCCAGCGUUCGGGUCGCUUGCCUCGACGGCGCGGGCAGGGGUUCCUCCGCCGUUGGCGUGGGGUCUGCAGGCGGUUGAGGGGACAAAGUAGCGGCUGGAGGGGACGGGGCCAGGGCGGCCCCGCCUGCCGGCACCAGCCCUCCCCAAGUUCUUGCUGGUGUCCCGGCGUCCGAGCGCCCCGGGGGCUUCGGCGCGCUGAGGCGAAGGGGUCGGCCGGGGUCGGCGAGGCCGGCGUCCGGCUGUGGUCAGCGCGUUGUCCCCUGCGGCCGAGGACCUGCGCGGCCGCGGACAGAUGUGGGACGGCGUGGGACUCCCGAGGGCCGCGGGGGCUCCGUGCUCUGGAGGAGCCCGUGAGGUUGAGCUGCGGCACCCCCUCCCACGGCCUGCGUGCCCCCCGCCCGAGGCGCCGCCCCCCACCUGGUCUCGCCUGCCCAGGGGGCCUCCACCCCACUGGCUGUGCUUUUUGAAAAAAUUUGGCUCAGGACCUCAGGGGUCACAGAUUGCGUUUGGCCGUCAUGUCUCUUGAUUCUUUGUUAAUCUCAAACAGUCUUCCUCGUCUCCUUGUUUUCCACGAUGUUGACCUCUGAAGGAUCCAAGUUAGCAGUCUCUCGGAAUAUCCUUCACUUGGGCUUGUUUGAAUGAUUUCUUACAAUUAGACUCAGGUUAGGCCUUUUUUGUAAGAAUACCACAUAAUUCAGGAAUAAUACAUAACACAUUUUCCUGCUGGUUACAUUUCUUUAAUCAUGUGAGGUUGCUUUACCCCUAUUGGUGAUGCUGCUUUUAAGUAUAAUUGGUUAAAACGGUGUCUGUGAGGGCCAGUGCUGCGGUAUAGGGGGUUAGGCCACCGCCUGGGCCGCCAGCAUCCCAUAUGGGUGCCAGUUCAAGACCUGACUGCUCCACUCCCAAUCCAGCUCCCUGCUAGUGCGCCUGGGAAAGCAGUAGAGGACAGCCCUGGUGCUUGGGCCCCUGCACUCACUGGGGAGACUUGGAAGAGGCUCUGGGCUCCUGGCUUCGGCUUGGUACAGUCCCAGCCAUUGUGGCCAUUUAGGGGAGUGAACUAGCAGACUGAAGAUGUCUUUCUCUCUCUCUCCUGCCUAUUUCUCUCCUUUCUCUUUAUAACUCUGCCUUUCAAAUAAAUAUAAAAAUUUAAAAUAAAAUAAAAUGGCAUCCAUGAGAUCCCUCCACUACCGGGGAAUCUUCUCCUUGGAGUCAGAGGAAUUGCUUAGGUGGGAAGUAGAGACCACGUGACCCCCCCCCCCCCCAGUCUAUCAACCCUGGCUUUAGAAUCAAAUGAUAAAAGUUGUUGCCUAAAUUAUUUAUCUCAUUGUGUCCAUAAAAUCAUGUCAUUCUGCCUACAUUUUUUAAAGGAUUUAUUUAUUUAUUUGAAAGGCAGAGUUACAGAGAGGCAGAGGCAGAGAGAGAGAGAGAGGUCUUCCAUCCACUGGUUUACUUCCCAAAUGGCCGCAACAGCUGGAGCUGGGCAGAUCUGAAGUCAGGAGCCAGGAGCUUCUUCUGGAUCUGUCACAUGGGUGCAGGGACCCAAGCACUUGGCCAUCUUCUACUGCUUUCCCAGGCCACAGCAGAGAGCUGGGUCAGAAACGGAGCAGCCGGGGCUCGAACCAGCAUCCAUAUUGGAUGCUGGCGCCACAGGCAGCAGCCUUACUCACUAUGCCACAGCGCCGGCCCCCCUUGAAUAUGAUCAGCUCUUCUUCAGUGAAGAGGAAUUUUCCCCGUCUCCUUCUUUGGUAAAACUAUAGAUUCAUCUUUUUUUCAAUUCAGCAUAUUAUAAAUCAUUAUUCUUCUUUGUAAAGUUUAUUCAUUUUUACUUAUUCGAAAGGCAGAGCAGUGGGGGAUGGGUAAGGGUGGAAACUUGGAGAAGGAGAUCUUGUAUCUGUUGGUUCACUCCCCAGAUACCUGGCCAAAUCCAGGAUCCAGGUCUCCCAUGUGGGUGGCAGGGGCCCAAGUACUGCUGCCUUCCAGGGCGCAUUAGCAGUAAGCUGGACCAGAAGCAGAGGCGAGACUCCCACCCAGGCACUCCCUGGGGGAUGUCCUAAGUGGCGGCUUCAAUGCUGGGCUGUGAGGCCCGCCCACAGUAGUCUUUCUGAUGCUCAUAUCUUCCUGUAUCUGACCAAGGAGAGCCCCUUGGAGCUGGCCCCGGGUCCUUGUCACCCUCCUGUCCAUCUCUGAGCGUCUGGCCGCUUUCCAGUGCAGCGUGAUGUUCCCGAUGCGCGUUGCACGUUCGUCCCAAACAUGGCAGCAGCUGUUUGUGCAAAGGCCCCCGUUUCCUUCAGUGGGGAAGUGUCUGGGAACCGGGAUCUGGGCUGGGUGCGCUCACUACUGCUAGGCUUUUCAUGCUUCCAAGUCUUUUCAAUGAACAGAGAAUUAUAAAAAGUGUUUUUAGGACUUCAGCUUCUGAUCCUGUCAGAGCCCUCCACUGUAAACACCUGUUAAACUGGGUACGCUAGGUAGAGCGACUGUGACUAGGCUUUCAGCACCAGGCAGGAGAGGGAGGGGAGCGGGAUGUGACCGCAGAGGAGCGGCCCUGCAGAGCUCAGAGCCAGGACUGCUGCAGGUGCGGGAGAAGUGGGGACUGUGCCGACGGGCACGCCCAGAGGGCUGGGGGUGGGUUCUCUGUGAAUCCCAUGCAGGGUGAGGCUUCGUGAUGGGGGUGGGAGUGGAUUGGAGAUACUGACGGUGCUGGGAGUGUUUGAGUUCUGGCUUAAUUACAGGAGAAACAUUUCAUGAAUGGGGCUGGCAUUGUGGCAGUCUCCGCCUGCGAUGGCGGAAUCCCAUAUGGGCACCGGAUUAUGUCCUGGCUGCUCCACUUCCAAUCCAGCUAUGCACAUGGGAGACCUGGAAGAAGCUCCUGGGUUUAGCCUGACCAAACCCUGGCCGUUGUGGCCAUCUGGGGAGUGAACAAGUGGAUGGAAGAUUUUCUCUAUUUGUCUCUCCCUUUCUCUCUGUACUCUGCCUUUCAAAUAAAUAAAUAUUAAAAAGAAAGGAUACUUCAUCACUAUUGCAAGCAUUGAGCUGAGACAAAAAGAGGGGUGGUGCCUUAGGAAUAAGGACCAGCACCUAGAUCAGAGUAGGCAGACUCCAGUCUACUCGGUACUAGAGCAGGAGUAGGCAGACUCCAGUCUACCCAGUACUAGAGCAGAGUAGGGAGACUCCAGUCUACCCAGUACUAGAGCAGGAGUAGGCAGACUCCAGUCUACCCAGUACUAGAGCAGAGUAGGCAGACUGCAGUCUACCCAGUACUAGAGCAGAGUAGGGAGACUGCAGUCUACCCAGUACUAGAGCAGAGUAGGGAGACUGCAGUCUACCCAGUACUAGAGCAGGAGUAGGGAGACUCCAGUCUACCCAGCACUAGAGCAGAGUAGGCAGACUCCAGUCUACCCAGUACUAGAGCAGAGUAGCAGACUCCAGUCUACCCAGUACUAGAGCAGAGUAGGCAGACUCCAGUCUACCCAGCACUAGAGCAGGAGUAGGCAGACUCCAGUCUACCCAGUACUAGAGCAGGAGUAGGCAGACUGCAGUCUACCCAGUACUAGAGCAGAGUAGGCAGACUCCAGUCUACCCAGUACUAGAGCAGAGUAGCAGACUCCAGUCUACCCAGUACUAGAGCAGAGUAGGCAGACUCCAGUCUACCCAGCACUAGAGUAGGAGUAGGCAGACUGCAGUCUACCCAGUACUAGAGCAGGAGUAGGCAGACUGCAGUCUACCCAGUACUAGAGCAGAGUAGGUAGACUCCAGUCUACCCAGUACUAGAGCAGAGUAGGGAGACUGCAGUCUACCCAGUACUAGAGCAGAGUAGGCAGAAUCCAGUCUACCCAGUACUAGAGCAGAGUAGACAGACUCCAGUCUACCCAGUACUAGAGCAGAGUAGGGAGACUGCAGUCUACCCAGUACUAGAGCAGAGUAGACAGACUCCAGUCUACCCAGUACUAGAGCAGAGUAGGGAGACUGCAGUCUACCCAGCACUAGAGCAGAGUAGGCAGACUCCAGUCUACCCAGUACUAGAGCACAGUAGGGAGACUGCAGUCUACCCAGUACUAGAGCAGAGUAGCAGACUGCAGUCUACCCAGUACUAGAGCAGAGUAGGCAGACUCCAGUCUACCCAGAGCUAGAGCACAGUAGGCAGACUGCAGUCUACCCAGUACUAGAGCAGAGUAGCAGACUCCAGUCUACCCAGUACUAGAGCAGGAGUAGGCAGACUCCAGUCUACCCAGAGCCAGAGCAGGAGUAGGGAGACUGCAGUCUACCCAGUACUAGAGCAGAGUAGCAGACUCCAGUCUACCCAGUACUAGAGCAGAGUAGCAGACUGCAGUCUACCCAGUACUAGAGCAGAGUAGCAGACUGCAGUCUACCCAGUACUAGAGCAGAGUAGCAGACUGCAGUCUACCCAGUACUAGAGCAGAGUAGCAGACUGCAGUCUACCCGGGUGUUGUCUCCGUUGUUGAGAUGCAGUGGUAGAGAAAGUGAGCUCCCAUCUGCUGGUCAUUCCCCAGAUGCCUGCCGUGGACAGGGCUGGACCGGACCAAACGUGGGAGCCAAGGACACAAUCCAGGUCUCCCACGUGAGUGGCAGGAGCCCAGUCGGUGCUGCUGCUUCCCAGGGUCUGCACAGACAGGAAGCUGGAGUGAGGAGCUGGAGAUGGGUGCUCUGGUGUGGAUGUGGCUGUCUUAACUGCUAGGCUGACCUCACGCUGCUUUGUGAACAAGUUUGUGUUUGUGUAUUUGAGAGACAGGACCAGGCUACCCAAGUCCUGUCUACUAUGUGCUGAAAAUAGCCGUGCAUGUUUGUCUACUUGUUACCUAUUGUUGAUUUUUAAAAAGGUUACGUUUAUGUGACAGGAAGAAAGGGAGAUGGCCUGGAAUGGAGGAGAAGCAGGUUAAGCUGCUGCCUGUUACGCCGCAUCUCACAGGGGCACUGCUUCGUGUCCCAGCUGCUCCACCUCUGAUCUGGCUCCCUGCUGAUGGCCUGGGAAGAGCAGCAGAGGGUGGCCCACGUGUUUGGGCCCCUGCCACCCACGUGGGAGACCCAGAUGAAGUUCCUGGCUCCUAGCUGCUGCCAUCUGGGGAGUGAACCAGUGCGUGGAUGUUCUCUGUCUCUCCUUCUCUCUGUGUGCAACUCUUUCAAAUAAAUAAAUAAUCUUAAAAAAAGAAAGAAAGAGGAAGAGAGAUAGAGGAAGAUAUCUUCCAUCUGCUGGUUCACUCCCCAAAUGCCUACAACAGCUAGGCUGGGCCAGGCUGAGGCCAGGAGUCAGGAGCGCCAUCCAGGUUUCCCACAAGUGCCAGGCAAGUCCUUGGGCUUUCAUCUGCUGCUUGCCCGGCACAUUAGCAGGAAGCUUGAUUGGAAGCACAAGCAGCCAGGGCUUGAACCAUGUACUCCAACGUGGAAUGCAGGUGUGGCUUCACCCACGGUGUCACAAGGCCAACCCCACGACACUGCAGUGGCAAAUACAAGUCCUUGUGACAGAGGCUGCAGAGACCAGAAAGCGGGGAGUAUUUCCUAUCCAGGUUUGAUGGGGGUCAGCUCUUUGCUCACCCCCUCUGAGAAGUAAGGGCUACUCUAAAGGAUCAGGGAGAAUUUAUGAGAAUGAGCUGCCUGCCACAGUGUACUCCAGACUCCUUAAAGGGACACAGUCUUGAGACUGUCGUCACCGCACAGUGAGUUAAGCUGCCACUUGACAUCGCUGGCAUCCCACGUUGGAGUGCUGGUUCAGACUCAGCUGGUCCGCUUCUGUCCAGUUCCCUGCUAAUGGCACUGGGAAGGCAGUGGAUUAUAGCCCAAGUACUUGGGCCCUGCCACCCAAGUUCCUGGCUCCUGGCUUUGGCCUGGCCCCAACCCUCGCUGUACUAUUUGGGGAGUGAACCAGCAGGUAGAUUUCUGUCUCUUCCUCUCUCUGUUUGCUCAACAUUCCAAAUAAGUCAAUCUUCAAAAAAACCUCAGUAUUAUCCAAACAAGUUUAGCAUAUGAUAAAAAAUUACUAGUAAUUCAAGGAAAAAGAAAAAUAUAGCCUAUAAUUUAAAAAAGUUAUCAGUAGAAACUCACCCUGGGGCCGGCGCUGUGGCUCACUUGGUUAAUCCUCUGCCUGCAGUGCCGGCAUCCCAUAUGGGUGCCAGUUUGAGUCCUGGCUGCUCCUCUUCCAGUCCAGCUCUCUGCUGUGGCCCAGGAGGGCAGUGGAGGAUGGCCCAAGUGCGUUGGCCCUGCACCCGCAUGGGAGACCAGGAGGAAGCACCUGGCUCCUGGCUUCAAAUCGGCGCAGCACCAGCCAUAGUGGCCAUUUGGGGGGUGAACCAAUGGAAGGAAGACCUUUCUCUCUGUCUCUCCCUCUCACUGUCUAUAACUACCUGUCAAAUAAAUUAAAAAAAAAAAACAUACCUUGAAAUGAUCCAGAUAUUGAAAGUAGUAGAAAGGGCUUUAAAGCAGCUAUUAUAAAUAUGAUUAAGUGAUUAAAGGAGAAUAUAGUAGCCUUAAUGAGAAAUCUCAGCAGAGAAAUUGAAAAUAUAAAAAAGAACCAAAGAUAAAUUCUAGAAUUGCAAAGGGCAGUUCUAAAAUGGGAAGUUCAUUGGAUGGGCUUAACAGAAGACUGGGGAAGAAGGCUUGGCAGAAAAAGGGGCUUUGAACUAAAGACAGGUCCUGAGAAGUGAUCCCAGCCAAGAUACAGCAUAAAAACAUUGAAGAGAGACUAACCGAGCCUCGGUGACCUGAGGGUACCACCGAGUGUCUGGAAGGGGACAGACGAAAACACUUGAAGAGGUAAUGGCCCCCAAAAUUCUGAAACGUGAUGAGAAAUACUCACUCACAGAUUCAAAUCCAAACAUGAUGCGCAAAAGAAAGUCAUACAUGGACCAGGCACGUCGUAGCCAAACUGCUGAAAACCAGAGAAGGAGAUAUUUUGAAAAUAAGCAGAAGGAGAAAUCAGAGCAUGGGGAGUGCUGGGCUCACACCCUCAGAGCAUGGGGAGUGCUGGGCUCACACCCUCAGAGCAUGGGGAGUGCUGGGCUCACACCCUCAGAGCAAGGGGAGUGCUGGGCUCACACCCUCAGAGCAGGGGGAGUGCCGGGCUCACACCCUCAGAGCAAGGGGAGUGCUGGGCUCACACCUUCAGAGCAGGGGGAGUGCUGGGUUCAUACCCUCAGAGCAGGGGGAGUGCUGGGCUCACACCUUCAGAGCAUGGGGAGUGCUGGGUUCACACCUUCAGAGCAUUGGGAGUGCUGGAUUCACACCCUCAGAGCAUGGGGAGUGCUGGAUUCACACCCUCAGAGCAGGGGGAGUGCUGGGCUCACACCCUCAGAGCAGGGGGAGUGCUGGGUUCAUACCCUCAGAGCAUGGGGAGUGCUGGGUUCACACCCUCAGAGCAGGGGAGUGCUGGGCUCACACCUUCAGAGCAUGGGGAGUGCUGGGUUCACACCUUCAGAGCAUUGGGAGUGCUGGAUUCACACCCUCAGAGCAUGGGGAGUGCUGGAUUCACACCCUCAGAGCAGGGGGAGUGCUGGGCUCACACCCUCAGAGCAGGGGGAGUGCUGGGUUCAUACCCUCAGAGCAUGGGGAGUGCUGGGUUCAUACCCUCAGAGCAGGGGGAGUGCUGGGCUCACACCUUCAGAGCAUGGGGAGUGCUGGGUUCACACCUUCAGAGCAUUGGGAGUGCUGGAUUCACACCCUCAGAGCAUGGGGAGUGCUGGAUUCACACCCUCAGAGCAGGGGGAGUGCUGGGCUCACACCCUCAGAGCAGGGGGAGUGCUGGGUUCACACCUUCAGAGCAUUGGGAGUGCUGGAUUCACACCCUCAGAGCAUGGGGAGUGCUGGAUUCACACCCUCAGAGCAGGGGGAGUGCUGGGCUCACACCCUCAGAGCAGGGGGAGUGCUGGGCUCACACCUUCAGAGCAGGGGGAGUGCUGGGCUCACACCUUCAGAGCAGGGGGAGUGCUGGGCUCACACCAACAGAGCAGGGGGAGUGCAGGGUUCACACCCUCAGAGCAUGGGGAGUGCUGGGCUCACACCUUCAGAGCAGGGGGAGUGCUGGGUUCACACCCUCAGAGCAUGGGGAGUGCUGGGUUCACACCUUCAGAGCUUGGGGAGUGCUGGGUUCACACCUUCAGAGCAGGGGGAGUGCUGAGUUCACACCUUCAGAGCUUGGGGAGUGCUGGGUUCACACCUUCAGAGCAUGGGGAGUGCUGGGUUCACACCCUCAGAGCGUGGGGAAUGCUGGGCUCACACCUUCAGAGCAGGGGGAGUGCUGGGUUCACACCCUCAGAGCAUGGGGAGUGCUGGGCUCACACCUUCAGAGCAGGGGGAGUGCUGGGUUCACACCCUCAGAGCAGGGGGAGUGCUGGGCUCACACCUUCAGAGCAUGGGGAGUGCUGGGUUCACACCCUCAGAGCAUGGGGAGUGCUGGGCUCACACCUUCAGAGCAGGGGGAGUGUUGGGUUCACACCCUCAGAGCAGGGGGAGUGCCGGGUUCACACCUUCAGAGCGUAGGGAGUGCUGGGUUCACACCUUCAGAGCGUGGGAGGAUGCUGGACUCACACCUUUCACCUGCUACAAGAAGAGGAGUGUCACUCUGGAAUUCUGUAUUCCGUGAAAAAUCUCCUUCAAAAUGAGUGAGAAAUAAAGAGCUUUUCAGAAAAGUAAGUGGUGAGUUGAGUUGUCGUGAGCAGAGCUGCACUCAGAAAUACUAAAGAAGGUAUCUACGGGCAGAAAGGCAAUUUGGAAAUUGGAUCCAUGGAGACUAUGAAGAGCCACGGAAGCCACCGUUUCUGGGCACCUAGGAAAGAGGAGGUUUCCCUCUCUUUAUUCUUGUAGAAGACAAAGGACUGUUUUGUUUUGUUUUAAGAUAUAUUUAUUUAUUUGAGAUGCAGAGUUACAGCAGAAAGAGGUCGUCCAUCCACUGGUUCACUCCCCAAAUGGCUGCAAUGGCUAGAGUUGAGCCGAUCCGAAGCCAGGAGCCAGGAGCUUCUUCCGGGUCUCCCACUUGGUGCAGAGACCAAAGGACCUUAGCCAUCUUCCACUGCUUUUCCAGGCCAUAACAGGGAGCUGGAUCAGAAGUAGAGCAGCUGGGACUUGAACCUGAGCCCAUAUGAGAUGCUGGCACUGCAGGUGGUGGUUUUACCCUCCAUGCCACAAUGCCGGCCCCUAGGCUCCUGGUUUUGACCUGGCUCAUAAAAAUGUUGGUGGCCGGGCUGGCGCCUCGGCUCACUAGGCUAAUCCUCUGCCUAGCGGCACCGGCAUACCGGAUUCUAGUCCCGGUUGGGGCGCCGGAUUCUGUCCCGGUUGCCCCUCUUCCAGGCCAGCUCUCUGCUGUGGCCCGGGAGUGCAGUGGAGGAUGGCCCAGGUGCUUGGGCCCUGCACCCCAUGGGAGACCAGGAAAAGCACCUGGCUCCUGGCUCCUGCCAUUGGAUCAGCGCUGUGCGCCGGCCGCAGCGCGCCGGCCGCGGUGGCCACUGGAGUGUGAACCAACGGCAAGGGAAGACCUUUCUCUCUGUCUCUCUCUCUCACUGUCCACUCUGCCUGUCAAAAAAAAAAAAAAAAAAAAAAAAAGUUGGUGGCCAUUGUGGCCAUUUGGGGAAGGAACCAGCAAAUGGAAGAGAUCUCUUCUCUCUCCCUCUACUCUCUCCCCCCCUCCCCCCUUUCCUUCCUUCCUUCCUUCCUUCCUUCCUUCCUUCCUUCCUUCCUUCCUUCCUUCCUUCCUUCCUUCUUUCCUUCCUUCCUUCCAACAGAGUUAGAGAGAGAGAGAGAAAGGUCUUCCUUUUUCCAUUGGUUCACCCUCCCAAAUGGCCGCUACAGCCAGGCCAGUGCGCUAUGCAGAUCCGAAGCCAGGAGCCAAGUGCUUCUCCUGGUCUCCCAUGGGGUGCAGGGACCCAAGCACUUGGGCCAUCCUCCACUGCCUUCCUGGGCCACAGCACAGAGCUGGACUGGAAGAGGGGCAACCGGGACAGAAUCCGGUGCCCCAACCGGGACUAGGAACCCGGUGUGCCGGCACCACAGGUGGAGGAUUAGCCAAGUGAGCUGCAACGCCAGCCCCCUCCCCUCUUUCUCUCCCCCUCUCCCCCUUUCUCCCUCUCUCCUCCUUUCCCCCUUUCUCCCUCUCCCCCUUUCUCUCUCCCUCUCCCCCUCUCCC